UGCUUUUCAUUUUAUAAUUGACAUCCAAGAUCUCGGUAAGACAGCGAUCUCCGUGGGACGCCAGUGUGUCGGGUUUGUGUUUCAGUAAAGGAUCUUUGGCCACAAGACUGAUAUCACGGAUGACUGUAACCCGCACCAGAAGAUAGCGUUCUUAUCCUGUGCUCGCGCUGCAGCAGGAACAGUUAGAAUGUCCUGCAGAGAACUCUCAGUGUGACUGAGAAUCCCACGAAUCAACCAGAAGUCCUUGUUCUAGCCGGUGGGACCAUGUAUGUGUUGUGCACACUCGUACUGCUGUCCAUCCACAACCUGUUUAAAAGAUCCAGAGCACUGGAGGCCCCUGAGGCUGAGCCUGAGGCUGUGGAGAAAGCUGAGAAGCCCAAGCAGGAGACACCUCUGUCAAGCCACAGGAGGAGAGCAAAACACUCCCUACCUGGAAGCUCUGGAGCUCCGAAUGGUGGUCAUACAGGCAGCAGGGCUGGAGCCAGUGGCCGAAAGAAAUCGGGCAGGACAGAACAUCUGGGGAACGCACCUGGCCGCAGCAAGAGAGUCCAGCCGGUCCAGCGGUGUGGUCUCCUCGGCCCGGCGGCCAUGUUCGGCACACGGAAGACCUGGGACCUCGGCCACACCCCCUGCCUGCAGCAGCUCUGUUACCAAGACCACUCAUUGGAUGCAAGUUCAGUGGAUUUCCUGAUGAGCGAUGGUGAAGAGGAGAGCUCCUUCUUGACGUUGCCUAACACAGUCCUCCAGCGUCCCUGUUUGACCCCUGAUCUUUCUGAUCCUCCUAUCUCAGAACAGCAGCAGCUGCUCAUACAGGCACUACAAGAGAAAGUGUUCCAAGCUCGUUUGUGUAGCGAAGACGCCGCCAAAAGAUUGCUUCUCCAGCAGCUGCAAACGCAGGAGGUCUACCAAGACCACGUAGCCAGACAAGACCAACCAGAAAUCAGCCUAGAGCAUCAGUACACCAACCAGGAGCCUCUAGAACCGCCCAGCCUGCAGGAGAACCAGCUCAGCCAAGCUGACUUCAGCACAGGUGUAAGGCGAUCAAGUGCAGGAUCACAGAGUCUACAGGAUCAUCCUGAACCUGCUCGGGAGAGGAAAGUUCACCCACAGCACCCUCUGCUUGAAGAGGAGGCCCAACAGCUCGCUCUCAUCACAGGGCUGCACACACAGAUUGAGGAGCUGGAGAAGAAAUUGUUGGACCAGACGCAGGAGGUGGAGAGACUGCGCUCUGAACUGGGGGCGACAGACCUGGAAAAGCAGCUGGAGCGGCUGGAGAGUGAGAACCAGCGGCUCAAACAGGAGCUGAGAGCCAGCAAUGCCCACGAGCCUCCAGCCACCUGCUCCAGCUCUGCCUGCCCUCACAGCCAGGAUGCGGAGGUCUUCCGGACGGAGCUCUCUCGCCGUGAGGAACAGUGCCAUGAGCAUGAGCGGCGGCUGGCUAUGCUGGAGCAGCAGGUGCAGGAGCGGACGGUCCUGGUGGCGCAGCUGCAGGAGCAGCUGGAGGAGGCCUCACGGCGCAGGCACGAGAUCCAGCAGCAGUUAGAAGGGGCCUUACAGCGCAGGGCUGAGAGCGAGGAGCGGCUCACCGCUCAGCUCAGAGACGUAGAAGAAGCCCUCAGCCGCCAGGCUGCAGCACCUCCACAGGUCAAGUAUGUAACUAAGACAGUAGAGGUGGAGUCCGCUCAGUGUAAGCAGGCUCUGGUGGACGCUCAGGCUCGUAACCAGGUUCUCCAGGAGCAGCUGGGGGUCCAGAGGGAGCUCCUCCGAGAACUGGAGCAGCAACUGCAUGAAAGCCAAAGGACCAGCAGCCACUUACGCCAGCAGAUCCUGGUGUAUGAGGGUGAGAUGGAGCGAGCUCAAGGCCAGCUGGAGGCAGAGCUGCAGAGUCUGGAGGAGGAGAAGAACAGAGUGAUAGAAGAAGCCUUCAUCAGAGCCGAGAGUGAAAUGAAGUCUGUGCACGAGAACCUCGCAGGUGUGCGGAUGAACUUGUUGACCUUGCAGCCUGCUUUGAGGACACUCACCUGUGACUAUAACUGUCUGAAGAGACAGGUGCAGGACUUUCCUUAUAUGCUGGAAAAGGCUAUCGCUGAAGCCAAACAGGAGAUCUGCCAGGUGAUCGGAGAAGUGAGCAGUGCUAAUCAGGAGCUGCUUCGCAAAUACAAGAGGGAGAUGAACCUGAGGAAAAAGUGCCACAAUGAACUGGUGCGCCUGAAAGGAAACAUUCGGGUGUUCUGCCGGGUUCGUCCUAUGUGCCAGGAAGAAACGGAGUCUGACAGCAAGAACAUGGUGACCUUUGACCCAGACGAUGAUGCUGUGCUCUACCUUUCCAAUAAGGGCAAGCUCAUGACAUUUGAACUGGACAAAGUUUUCCCCCCUCAGGCCACACAGGAGGAGGUGUUUCAGGAAGUGCAGUCCCUGGUCACAUCCUGCAUAGAUGGCUAUAACGUGUGCAUCUUUGCUUAUGGUCAGACAGGCUCAGGAAAGACCUACACCAUGGAGGGCAUUCCUGAGGACCCUGGCAUUAACCAGCGAGCCCUGCGCCUGCUCUUCUCUGAGGUGUCUGAGAAAAAGCCUGACUGGGACUACAACAUCACAGUCAGCAUGGUGGAGAUUUACAACGAGACGCUGCGGAAUCUUUUAGGAGACAACCCGAGCGAGAAGCUGGACAUUAAGAUGUGUCCGGAUGGAAGUGGUCAGCUGUAUGUUCCGGGUUUGACUGAAUUCACAGUGGAGAGCGUGGAGGAUAUUAAUAAGGUGUUUGAACUGGGUCACAUGAACCGGGCGACAGCGUGCACCAACCUGAACGAACACAGUUCACGUUCUCACGCUCUCCUCAUCGUCACUGUCGCCGGCUUCAACUCCUCCACAGGACACCGAACUUCAGGUAAGCUGAACCUGGUGGACUUGGCGGGUUCUGAGAGAAUUGCUAAAUCGGGUGCUGAAGGAAGCCGCCUGCGCGAGGCACAGUGCAUCAACAAGUCCCUGUCGGCUCUCGGUGAUGUCAUCAAUGCUCUGCGCUCCCGGCACUCGCACGUCCCCUUCCGCAACUCUCGCCUCACAUACCUGCUCCAGGACUCGCUCAGCGGAGACAGCAAAACACUCAUGGUUGUGCAGGUCUCUCCUUUAGACAGUAACAUCAGUGAGUCCGUCUGCUCUCUGAAGUUUGCUCAGCGUGUUCGCACUGUCGAGCUUGGUCCAUCCUCUUCCUCACGAAGACAUGCAGAGAAUUCCUCAACGUCCUCCUCACCUACUCAUGAUAGUGUGGAGCUGGACUCUCCUCCAGUGACCCCAGUGCCCCUCCCCAUCUCCAGAGCCAGCAGUGCAGGCUCCACUCUGUCCUCCAGCUCCAAAAGCACUACCACGCGUAGGAGGUCCCAAAGCCAGCUCGCUACAGACAGACAGGUAGACAGAGGCAGCCCAUUGGUUGGGAACAGUGGGCAGGACGAAUGAAGAUAACUGUAUAACACUACUACAAAGUCAUGGUGCUGAGAGGCUGCCUUCAAGUACCAUCCCCUAAACUCCAUCCACCAAUGAAACCCUCUCUUCUGAGGAGUACGCCAAUAGAGGACUUUUAUUUCAGACCCGAGGGCUGGAGACGAACCAAACCGGCUCAUCGGGGUCAUGCACGGUAUCUUUACGAAAUUGUUAGUGGAAAAACUUGACUUGAAGUAACAGCUGAUGACUGACGAAUCUGCACUCCCUCUGACCUCUCGGCCGCACCUGCUGGCUCAGGGACGUGAAGACUUUUUCUCAUUUCAUUCGCAGUGUUUGUUGACGUUAAAUGCACUUUAGCACAGGCUGAUCUUACCAUUUGUGGUGUUCAACUAUCCAGUCUCAUUUAAAAUAUCACAUGACUGGUAUUGAUUUUUUUUAAUGUACGUGUCUGUAUGUUUAUUAUUUUUUGACAGAGCUCAUGGUGUCAUUUUUUUUCCAUCAACCAAGGUCCUUUUAUUUUAAGCACAAGAACAACAAACUCGUACUUCCAAAAGGCGCUAAGCUUUAAUACGUUUCUGUGUGCUAGUGACGAUAAGCAAUACUACAGGCCGAGUUUGGCCGCUCCAGUAGCAGAUUGUGUUUUUUUGUGUAUAUUUGGCAUCUCGAAGGCCAAGCGGCGAAGUCUUCCUGAUACAAGCAUGUGGAUGUAGUGUCAGAUCUGUCUGCUCAUGCUCCAUCUGUUCGACAAUCAGUGUAGCAGUGUACAAACAGUGAAACUGGCCCAUCAAGCGCAUAACUUAUUCUGCAGUUGCUGUAAAUAGGAAUGCUCUGAAUUUUAGCCCACAGUCAAGCAGUGUAAUUUCCUCGGUGGACGCAAGUUUUCAGCUGAACUCUUCAUCUGAAGUGCAUCGCUGAGAGAGAACUGUCGUUGGACUUGGGUUUCUGCUUGCUUCUAAUCGUGAUGAUGUAGGUUUGUAUGCAUUUUUGGUUUUGUACACUUUUUAAUAAAUGCCAUAAACAUGA